AACAUGUGCAAGUGAAAGAGCCUUUAUAAGAUUGUCUAAUCUUCAAUUCUUAAGAACUAAAAGAGAUGGCGUUAAUCUGCAAAGUAUGAAUUUCAUAUCCCCAAAACUAAGAGUACUAAGUUCCCCGAUGUUCCACAGGACAUGUUUUCCUUCAAGUUUUAAUCCAACGUUUCAAGUCAAGCUAGAGAUGCCAUUUAGCAAGCUUGAGAAAUUGUGGGGGGGAAACUAAACCGCUCAAUCUUAAGUGGAUGGAGUUGAGUUAUUCCAAUUGUUUGAAAGAGCUUCCUGAUUUCUCAACUGCCACUAAUCUAUAUGAACUGGAUCUCACACACAGUUCAAGUCUGGUGAAACUCUCUUCCUCUAUUGGAAAUGCAAUUAAUCUCCAAAAUUUGAAUCUCAGUCAUUGCUCAGAUCUGGUGGAGAUCCCUUCAUCUAUUAUCACUAAUCUCAAAUCUCUUGAUUUCUAUGGAUACUCAAGUUUGGUGGAGGUUCCCUUCAAUAUCGAAGAAGUCAUUGAUUCUAUUUACAUUAAUCUCAGUUAUUGCUCAAGUAUGGUGGAAGUCCCUUCCUCUACUGAAAAUGCAAUUAAUCUCAAGGAACUGAAUCUCAAAGAUUGCUCAAGGCUGGUGGAAAUCCCUUUCUCUAUUGGGAAUGCAUUUUAUCUCCAAAAACUGAAUAUGAGUUAUUGUGCAAGUCUGGUGGAACUCCCUUCCUCUACUGGCAAUACAGCUAAUUUCGAAGAACAGGACCUCGAUCAUUGUCGGGUGGAACUCCCUUCAUCUAUGAGAAAACUUGGUGGAUUGUCCGAACUGGAAUUAAAGGAAUGUUCAAAGUUAGAGGUUCUUCUGGCCAGCAUCAACUUGGAAUCUCUAGGAGAAGUCAAUAUCUCAGAUUGGUCUUUGUUGAAAAAUUAUCCUGAGAAUUCCACAGACGUUCAAGAGACUGAUCCAUGGAUGGGGAGAAUAUCUGGUCUACGUAAACUUGUACAAAGCGGGAUGGAGAAGCUUGAAUCACUCCCACCGCUUCCGGAUUCGCUAUGGGCACUAGAUGCAGAGAAUGGUGAGUCCCUAGAGAGACUAGGUAGCUCCUUUAGGAACCCAGAUAUCCAUCUCAGCUUCCUUAACUACUUCAAACUAAAUCAAGAAGAGAAAGAUCUCAUCAUCCAGACGCCGAGUAAUGAAUAUGCGGUCUUUCCUGGUGGAGAAAUGCCUCAGUGCUUCACUUACCGAUCAUCUGGGAGUUCAUUAACUGUGAAGUUGAAUCAAAUGCCUAUUGGCACAUCAACCAAAUUCAAGGCUUGCAUCUUAUGUGCUGGUGAGGACGAAAAGGGCCUUAGAGAAUGGGAACGAGCAUCUGUCUGUUGUAGCAUCACCACGUCAGGAGGGAUCGCCCUCAGUUCUUGUCUUAAAACAAUAGAACAGUUUUUGCCGGGGAAUCUGUACACAUUCGAGUUUGAGGUUGAAACAGAUGAGGUGACUUCCACUGAGCUUGUUUUUGAGUUCGAGGUUGGCUAUGCGGAUUUGAUCAAAAAGGGCAAAACACUGGAGAUAAAAGAAUGUGGGAUUAUGCUGGUAAACAUGAUUGAGAGCUUCGGAAAUGACAACAGUAGCGGAGCAAUCAACGGAGCUAGAGAGUCAGCUGACCCCUACCAACUCUUAUAUUUUAUUUAAGGGAAGUUUACUAGAAUGACUCAAAUUAGUUGUGUAAUUACUAGAAUGACUCAUAUUUUUUGAAAAUUAUUAGAAUAUUUUUCUGGUCGAAA